CUCCCUGUCGGGGCCGCGGGGCGGGGCAGCUCGGCCAGCCCGCGCCCGGCCCCCUCCCGGCCCGCCCCCCGGCCGCGUCCCCGCCAGCUCUGCCGACGUGGCGGGGCGGGACCCGGAGGGCGCUCCCGCGCGCACUCGGCCGCCUGAGCGAUAUUAAAAUGUCUGAUGACGGCGAUGACCCCUUAGCCACUGGAGACAAAGCAGAAAUUACCAGCAUGCCCAAUAGUGAUACCUUACCCAAAGAUGCAGAAGUGCACAGCGAUCCAGCUAUGAUUUCAAAUGAGCUAACACCAGCUGACCCCAGAGGAGACAUGCAUGAAAAUGCAGCUGUUCAGGGUGCAGAGACUGCUGACACUGGACUCUCUGAGCAGCCCAAAGACCCUGGUGCCAUGGAGCCCCCCCUCAAUGGAGAAGUGACUGAAGAUGCCCUUGUGGAAUGCAUCGACUCCGUCAGCCUCGAGACAGAACCUGGAUCCGAAAUACCCCUGAAAGAACAGAGUAAUCCGGCCGUGGAUUCCUCUCCACGUGGAGGGAGAUGGACAGGCUGGGGCUCCUGGGGCAAAUCUCUGCUCUCAUCAGCAUCUGCCACAGUAGGUCAUGGGUUGACAGCAGUCAAAGAAAAAGCAGGGGCCACCCUCCGGAUUCAUAGUGUGAAUUCUGGCUCUUCUGAAGGGGCCCAACCUGAUGUGGAAAAUGAAGACCCUCAAAUAGCAGUUGCAGCCACUGAGCAGAGCCCUGCAGAAAGCCCGCCCACUUCUCCCUCAUCGGGGUCUCGGGGCAUGCUGUCAGCCAUCACCAAUGCCGUUCAGAACACAGGUAAAAGCGUCUUAACAGGUGGUCUUGAUGCUUUGGAAUUCAUCGGCAAGAAAACCAUGAAUGUCCUUGCAGAAAGUGACCCAGGUUUUAAGCGGACCAAGACACUCAUGGAGAGAACUGUUUCCUUAUCUCAGAUGUUGCGGGAAGCCAAGGAGAAGGAGAAGCAGAGGCUGGCGCAGCAGCUCACAGCUGAGAGGACCGCACACUACGGGAUGCUGUUUGAUGAGUAUCAGGGUUUGUCACAUCUGGAAGCCCUGGAAAUUCUGUCCAAUGAGAGUGAAAGCAAGGUUCAGUCAUUUUUAGCAUCACUUGAUGGAGAGAAGCUGGACGUCUUAAAAAAUGACCUAAUUUCCAUUAAAGACAUCUUCGCAGCCAAAGAAUUAGAGGAUGAAGAGAAUCAAGAAGUGCACGGCACAGAAGAAAAGGGAGAAGAGUUUGCUAGCAUGCUUACAGAGCUUCUCUUUGAAUUACAUGUCGCGGCCACGCCUGACAAACUCAAUAAGGCCAUGAAAAAAGCUCAUGACUGGGUGGAAGAGGAUCAAACUGUGGGGCCAGUAGAUGUGGCCGAAGAGUCAGAGGACAAAACUAAGAAGGAAGAAAAGGAAGAGAAACCUGAAAACCCCGAAGAAGACAGGAAGGAAGAAAGGAAAACUAAGACAGUCGAGGAAGUAUACAUGCUGUCCAUCGAAAGCCUGGCGGAAGUAACAGCUCGCUGCAUUGAGCAGCUUCACAAAGUAGCAGAAUUAAUUCUUCAUGGACAAGAAGAGGAAAAACCAGCUCAGGACCAAGCAAAAGUUCUGAUAAAAUUAACUACUGCAAUGUGUAAGGAAGUGGCCUCCUUAUCAGAGAAGUUUACAAAUUCUUUAACCACUGUUGGGAGCAACCAGAAGGCGGAGGUCCUCAACCCCAUGAUCAAUAGUGUAUUGUUAGAGGGCUGCAAUAGCACCACAUACAUAGAGGAUGCCUUCCAGCUGCUGCUGCCUGUCCUGCAGGUUUCACACAUCCAGACCAGUCAUUCCAAAGCACAGCCGUGACCUGGCCAGACUCCAUCUAGUUAAAGGAAACGGCAGGCCCUGUUGUUCUGAUGUAUACCAUUUCCUGGGAUGUUUUCUACACAUCCGACCACAGAUGCCCAUUUGGAGACACUACAAGCAAUUUUGCACAGACAGUAUUGAGAAUGCAAGUUUAAAGACAGUAUCAUUUCUCUUAAUGUAUAUGCUUGUUUUUUAAGUAAUUAUGUAGCCUUUAUGUUAAUUUAAAUUUACACAGCUUUGUAUUGAUAAUUUCCUUUAAUCUGGAGUUCAUUCACAAAUAUCCAUUUCCAUUUUCCUGGUCAAGCAUGUCAGGUUUGGAGAUUCAUGGGCAGACCCUAGAUUUUAAAUUUCUACUUUUAAAUUUCCCAUUCUUAUAGUAUGACUUUCAAUCAGUUCUUAUACUGAACUUAGUUUUAUUAUGUAAAUGCCCUGGGCAGAGAUAACACCACUUAUAGAUUUUACCUAUUAUGCUGAAAGAGAAAUAUGUGUCUCUUUAUAGUCAUUCAUUCUCAAAACAAGCAUAUAUUGACCUCCUACUGUGUGCUCACAAUAGAGGAACAUGAUCUCACCCCAAUAGAGACAGAUAUUCUAAAAGAGGAUAUAUAAUAAUUCUUAAAAUGCUUUAAAAUAUUAAUAAAUUUUCUAAGCCUUAAAAAAUUUGAGGAACAAGGUAAAUUAGCGGUCUUUUUUAAAUGUUCUACCCUUCAAUUGAUUGUAUUUUUUCACACUCCUUAAACUUUUUUAUCCCAAACUUUACAUAUGGGAUGAAAAUACAUAUAAAAAGGGAUGCUAAAGAA